AGCAUUGCAUCGGUGAUACAAUGACAAAAUAUUAGAGGGAAUAUCAGCACGAGGCGAGGCAGAGCACAGUUCGUUCGAUGACCGUCUUCGGCUACUAAAGUUCGCAGUUCUCUGACGAGAGGUGCAGACUUUUCGAAGUUGCAUGACGUUUCAGACUCCUUUUCCUCGAAACUAUAUUGUUUACACAUAUAUGUAUUGGGUUCUGUUAUCGUCCCGUGAGCUAAAGUUAGCUUACAAGUAUGAUUUUAAAGAAAGUACCUUCCAGGGCAUUCGCCGUUUUGCUCGCAAGGGCUUUUUCGAAGCAGGCCCAUCACUUUUUCUCGGUACCUCCACAACCCGUGCCACCGCUGUCACAGACACUGCAGAGGUAUCUCCAGGCCCUGGAGCCCCUUUUACCGCCGGAUGAACUGGACCACACCCGUAGGAUGGUUCAAAAGUUCGGCAGCAGGGGAGGUCUGGGAGAGACGCUACAGAAAGGGCUUGAGAAGAGAGCCAGGCACUCCCACAACUGGAUAUCAGAUUGGUGGGUACAGUGGGCAUACUUGGAGAGCCGGCAGCCUCUGGCAGUGCACUCAAACCCCGCGAUCUCUCUGCCAAGACGAGACUUUUCUGACUGGAGGGGUCAGUUAGUGUUUGCAUCCAAGUUGAUUGCAGGCGUGCUGGAUUUCAAAGCCAAAGUUGACAGAUGCGAUUUGCCAGUGGAGUACAUCCGUGGGAAGCCAUUGUGUAUGGAUCUUUUUCCUCAUCUUUUUUCCUCCUGUCGUGUGCCUGGACCCAAUCACGACCACGUGGUUCACUACGGCCGACCCCGCCGUGGUCCUUCCCAUAUCACCGUAGUCCGAAACUACCAGUUUUUCCAGCUGGAGGUGUAUAACAGUGAUGGGACUCCGCUGACGGAGAGUCAGAUCCAUCACCAGCUGUGCCGGAUCCGCUCCCAGUCUUGGAAAACGGACAAAGAGCCGAUGGGAAUUCUGACCAGCGAGCACCGUCACACCUGGGGAGAAGCUUACAACCGCCUGCUCCGAGAUAAGAUCAAUAAGGAGUCAGUCAGGCUGAUAGAGAAAGGCCUGUUCACACUGUGCCUGGAUUCCCCUGUCAUGAGGAUCUCAGAUGAAAAGUAUUCGAGUCGAAUGGCAGCUCAGAUUUUGCAUGGGGGCGGGACUUACUCUAACAGCGGAAACCGUUGGUUUGACAAGACACUCCAGUUUGUGGUAGGCGAGGACGGAUCAUGGGGUCUCCUCUAUGAGCAGGCUAUUGCUGAGGGUCCUCCAAUCUCAACGCUGCUGGAUCAUGUUCUAGAAUAUUGUAAGAGACCAGAGAGGGUGAGGGCUCCCCUGAUUCCUCUGCCAAUGCCGAAGAAGCUGUAUUUCUACAUCGACCCUGAAAUCAAAUGGGACAUAGAAAUGGCCAAGCAGAGCCUAGACAUUCUAAUUAACGACCUGGACAUAAAUUGUUUCAACUUCCAACGGUUUGGGAAAGAGCUCCCGAAACAGCACAAUCUGAGUCCCAAUUCUUUUAUCCAGGCAGCUAUACAACUGGCCUAUUACAGAGUGCACGGUGAAGUUUGCGCGUCCUGUGACAUCGCCUCUCUCAGAAUGUUCAGAGGCGGACGCACAGAGUACAUCCGUUCUCCCACCAAUCAGAUGCUAAAGUUUGUGCAAGCCUUUGACAACCCCGCUGUAUCGGAAGAAGCUAAACGUGAACUGCUAAGAGAGGCUGUGGAAGCGUACAGUUUACUCACAGAACAGGCGCUGCAGGGUGAGGGGAUUGACAGACACCUGCUGGGACUGAAGCUCCAGGCUAUAGAGGAGGGACUGAGUGUACCCAGAGUGUUCAUGGACACGGCGUAUGGACUGGCCACACACUGGAAGCUCAGGACUGGACAGGUUCCUUCCGGCACAGACAGCGUGAUGUGCUUCGGGCCCCUGGUUCCGGACGGCUACGCCGUGUGCUACAACCCACAGCCAGACCACGUGCACUUCUCCAUCACCGCUUUCAACUGCUGUGAGGAGACCAACGCUGAGAAAUUGGCCCUCACCAUAGAGAGCGCCCUCUGUGACCUCCAGGGGUUACUGCAACCCACAGUGUAGAGUUUGGGAGAAAACAAAUGAAAGACAUUGGAUCGGAGGGAAAAUGGACUGGUCCCUCAGAUUGGCUGCGUAGUGCACUCGGCCAAUGAAAAUAAAAGGGCUUGAUGAUUCGGGGGGGGGCUUCUGGGAGUUUGCUUGCUUCUCAUUGGCCCACGUGUUACAGUGUGAGUCUAUGGGAAUAUCAUAUAGUGUACUGCUAGUGUGCAUUAAACAGAAGGGGUGCUACACUCAUGCACUUGAAAUGAAAUGUAUUAUGUUUGGUCCAUU